GAUGUUUCGGGCUGUUUCAGACUCCGCGCUGUAUUAUACGCAUUGAGAAGUUGUCUUCGUGCACGGUGCAUUCGCGAUGUAUUUCGCUGCAUUUUUUCUAGAUUUUCAAUGGAAUGAAGCUCGUACAUUGGCGUUUAGUUUUAGGCAAGGGCAUAUACGCAGCCAGUAAGUGCGAAGUCAGGCGAUGGGCGGAGUCACGCUUUUCGUCUGCUGAUGCCGAACACGACGCGGUGUCUGCUCUGAUUGGCCACAGCGAGCCAAGUGCCGCCAAUGCAGCACACGACGUCGUAGCCUCUGCCCGACACUCUUCUCAUCUACAGGAGCCCAUAGAAUAAGGAGCCUGCACGAAGUGUACGUAAAAAAAAAAAAAAAAAAAAAAAAGCCCUACUAUAGAGGCUAGAAAGUUUCUCUUUCUAGCCUCUAUAGCCCUACUGUUUCAUACUGUGAAUGUGCCGCCAUCUAUCAAAACUGGUAGAAAAAAACGUGCCUAACACAGUGUUGCUAGGAUGUGUUUGCUAGUACCACCAUGCAUGGAGUUUCCUACGCCACCCACCACCCCCGCCACCACUGACUACUGGGGUGCGUAAGCUUCUCGACGCCACUAGCGGUUAUCCCAGUAUGUGCUGGUCGCGAUGUAAACCGUGAACACUUCUUCACGAACUGCGCUUCCUUUCGUUGUAUUGUGGAAUGCCAUAUCCGUGGUUAUGCGCUCUUCCCAGCGAUUACCGGAACUGUACUACGGUUUCUGCAAGAGUGGUAGAAUUUGACGACGAUUGACUUCGGCCACUACUCUUCACUGGGAAAACAAUGGUGAUGAAAUAAUCACUGACGGCACUAUGGACCGCCGUGUUUCGUGUUGCAUGUUAUACGAUCGUCUGAGUCACCGGAAAGAACGAUGCAAAACUGAAAAGUCUCGUUAUUUUUAGACCGCAGUGGUUUUUUUGCGAUGUAAGCAAGCUAGCGCAAAGCGCGCGGUUCCUCAGCGCCAUCAUCUGGCUUGCAGCAUCUCUUUGUACUACGAAAACGCGGUCAUGGAAACCCGCGUAUUCAUAAACAUCGAUGUUGAGCCGUUUUGUACAAAACUUAUUUUUCCCGUUGGUGUCCCAGCAGCUGGCUAUGUUCGGAUUAUUUUUGGAGAUUUUGCUAAAACUUGCUCGAAGUACAGAGUUGCGAAUGAUGGUGCAGCCAAUUGUGAAAGUGACGGUGCGACAGCUGUCAAUGACAAAGUAUUCGUACGAUCACCAUCUGUUGACGGGGAACCUUUAUGCACAUUAAAGACGGCAGCUUUGCCCGAUGACUUGAAUGACGAUUGCGUUGCGGCGGAGGAGCCGGAGGAACCGAAGGAAGUCUGCGAGGAGCUUGCACCUCAGGUACCUGAUCCGGAGGAGCCGAAUGAACUCUCAGAAGCCCAGUCGCAUGCCGUGUCAGCAAAUGAGCUUUCCAGUGACCGGCGGAAACAAAAGAAUCCUAUGAAAAUACGGUUAAGGACCGUACCUCUUUCACCGUUACCCGAUGCCACACGAAGGUCGAGCCGCACACGCAAUGCAGCUACCGUUCGUUACGUAAGCAGUAGUUCAGAUGAUGAUUUUAAUCGUGACAGUGGGGACUCGGAUUGGAGCGGGUCUGAUGAAUCGUUCGAAAAAGCUCCAAAACUCAAACGGACUAGGAGGGCCUCGGCACCAGUAAGACGGGUGUCAACUGUUGGGAGAAAAGCGACGUCAUCAAGAAAAUCGUUGCCGGCCAAGAAAGUAUCAACACCUGCAAAAAAAUCGUCCGCGCCUAUGCGGAAAUCUACAGCUCCGUUAAAAAAGGCCGCUGCUGUUGCAAAGGUUUCAAGUCUUGUGACAGAGACCCCAACACCCAAAAUUGCACCUUUAAACAUAAAGGCACUGAAACAACAGUCUAAGGAGAGGCAGGCCCUGAAAGCAAGCAUCAAAGCAAAAUCAGAUGAAACGUUUACAUGCGAGGAAUGUGGUCAAACCUUCAGUUCAAGGCUAAAGUAUAAAAAGCAUUCAUGGACACACAAGCCAAAGAGUGAGCAUCCACACAGAUGUGAUGUGUGUGACAAGCUCUUUGCAACCGCAUUCACACUUGAGCGACAUCAGGCUGCUCACUGCAAAGGCAUGCCUAACUGCUGUGAAAAAUGCAGAAAAGGAUUUGCAACCCCAGAGGAUUUGGCCAAACAUGAAGAGACUCACAAGGACUAUAGAUGUGAAUGUUGCUCCCAGCUCUACUUGAGCUAUCGAGGGCUUCGAAAACAUUACACACAGUUUCACAAAAACGAGAUGUUACAGAAACAGCAAAGCAGUGGCACUGCAAGGGAAGAUGGGGCGACAGGCAAGGGCGAGGCUGAAAAUGGUGCUGGUCAGAAGGAACACAAGUGUGUUACAUGUGACCUUGGGUGUGACAGUGAGGACACAUUAGCAGCGCACUAUAUGGAAUCUCAUCCAGAUCAGCAAGUCUUUCCCUGUGAAACUUGCCGCAAGGUGUUCACAGACCGUGACAUGCUUCAGACACAUUUGCGCAAGCACAUGCAGAUUAAAACUGGAGAAAACUCAAGUGAGCAGACUUAUCUUUGUAACAUCUGUGACAAGGAGCUGAAGUCCCUGUCAACUCUUCGUGUUCAUGUACAGUCUCACAACAAGGUCCGGUCAUUCAAGUGCGAUAUUUGCCAAGAAAAAUACACUACAGCAAGUAACCUACGCAAGCAUCGCAAAAUACAUAACACAACACGCAUGUACAAAUGCCCCCAUUGCCCAAAGGAGUUCACGACGAAUAACUACAAGUUGAAGCACAUCAAGCGUGUGCACACAAGAGAUUUCCAAUAUGGCUGCAGCCAUUGCCCAAAGAAGUUCCUGGAGAAAAAACGAUUCCAACAACACAUGGUACUCAUGCAUGCCAGUAUGCUCACUGAAGACGACUAUGCAACUAUGACGCUGGUAAAAAAGUUGCACUGUAGCCUGUGUUCCUACGUGACAUACAGCAGCAAGAGCUUCAGGCAACAUGAAGUUACCCACACUGGAAAGUAUCCUCAUACAUGCAGUGAAUGCAACAAAGGCUUCACAUUCCGGUUCGAACUGACCAAACACGUGCGGUGUGUUCACCAAGCCCAAUUCUUCCGCUGCGAGAGCUGCAAGCGUACUUUUACAGCCGAGGAAACCUACAAGAUACACAAGGAGCACCAUGAUCGUGGGCUUGGUUUCACAUGUACCGAAUGUGGAAACAUGUACGAGACUCAGGGUCACUAUGAGCAGCACAUGCAGGCACAUUCCAGUGACCUGCCUUACGAGUGCCCCACUUGCAAUAAGCGCUUUGCCUUGACACGAUCACUAAACCUUCAUCGCCUGUCACAUGACAAACAGAGGACACCCCGGCCACGGCCUUACAGUGGCAACCGUAGUUGGGAGUAUUACUGUGAACUUUGCAAUGUCUUUUACAAAUACGGCUCUAGCCUGGUGGCCCAUCGUGUGUGUGUGCAUGGAAAUGGCCCCACUACUACUUGUCCUUAUUGUGAUAAGAAAUUUAACAGCCGGCUGACGCUGUCAAUGCACAUACGCAUGCACACUCGGGAACGCCCCAUGCGCUGUAGCUAUUGUGGGAAAACCUUCCGUGUCUGGAACAGCCUCAAACGACAUGUUGUCACAAGUCACACGAAGGACUUCAAGCUUUUCUGUCCACUAUGCAACAAAGGGUUCGUCUCGAGGUCCUACCUAAAGGUGCAUCUUAAGAGUGCACACAAAGCUGUAAUGUCAGGCCCUGGUAAGCGGAAGCGGUUGCCUGAUGGCCCCACAGCAGCACAGCAUCCUCCUGCACGCACGACGACAGUACAAAAGCCGCCUGUCAUCAUACCCAUGCCCGCUAAACUUGAUCGCUCCACCCUCGUGCCACAGGCCAGGAGGCCACGCCACCACACUGCAAAAGCAGCUGCUGUGUCCACUGUCCCUGUGGCCACCCAACUUCCUCUGGUGCCCCCGCCGACACAGGUGGAUGCCUCACAGCGACCACAGCCACAACGGCCACAACAGCUUCCAGUAGAACGACCUGAGCUGCAACAGCAGGCACAAUUGCAGCAGCUGCACUUGCAGCAGCUACAGCUGCAGCCAUCACAGAUGCACCCACAGCACCUACAGCCACCCCGGCAGCACGCACAGCAGCAACGGGAUCUCUUUGAAAUGCAACAAAUCCCACACUUGGAAACAGACACUUACUCACUCAUGUUAUUGUGAAAACUUUUCAUUUUCCCAUCACUCGCCUGCAAUUUCUUGGGCAGGACUGUUGCUCUUGUGGACUGCUAUCAGGAGUGCUGUGUGCUUUGUGCAUGAAUCAUACUGGGUUGAGGAUGGAAGUGAAGUAUAGUUCACAGGCUUAUGCAAGUAAAUUUCUCACCUGAGCUGCGCUGCACCUUUUUCGGAAAGAAGUAAUGCUGAAAUGUCACUUUGUUGAGAUGUAGAAUACAUUGGAAAAGGUGUUACCCACCAAGGAUUUAAUGGGUAUUUGCAACAAUGAGACACUCAAGUGAACCAUUUCUCUGUGUUCUCAACUUUAGCACUUGCUAAGCCUUUUCAGUUUUGGACUCUUCAUGCAAAUCGCUGAAAGUACCAUUAGAAUGUCUGACCAUAGCAGGUGUUAACUAUAUCUAUCAUCACUAAAUGUUUCCACUUGUAGAAGUUUUUAUGCAAAGCAUACACCUACUUGUAGUUUAUUUUUAUCAUCCAUAGGAAAAGUAACAUUUACAAGCAACAAGUGCUCCUCCGAUUCAAAAGUUAGCUUCCUGAUAUAUACUAUGUUUUUAUUUUCGUAGCCAUAGCAAGCAUUAUAUAACAUUAAAAUGUGAGAAACUCAAUGUGGCAUUACGAAGUGCAUGUUUUUCUUUUCUUACAGAAGUAUCAUUAUAAGAUAGCAUAGUGUUUGUCACUUAUUUAGCUUUCGUUUAUUAGAGAGAUCAAGAUGAAAUAUAUUUAGUUUAUGUCUUGUAUGUUUAUUGCUAUAACAGCAUGAAAGCAUCUAAAAAUCAGCCCAGUGUUUUUAACCUUACUUUUGUGUGUUCUUGUGGAACCUUUCGAUUUUAACAUGAUAGCGUUAAGGUCCCCGUGUCGAUGUUUAGAAAAAGUUUAUUUCAACAAAAGACUAUACAAACACUUUGAGUGGCAAUGAUGGCAUCCACCAGGACGAUAACAUAUACAAAGUACAAAGCCCCAUGUCGCAGAAAAUCCUGUGUUGGUGGUUUUCUGCAUCAGAAAAGAAUCAUCCCAAACCACAACCAUGCAGGCCCUCCCCUCCGUGUGACACAUAGGUGUUACUGAAUUGAAUUUAUCAAAGUAAAAUGAGCCAUAAAAUUUGUAAAAUCCGACUUGCACACAACCAACAGACAUGAUGGCGUCUGACUGUAAUUUGAAUACACGCAAAAAUAAUUUGCAUAUGCGAGAAAACAAUUCUGUUAUGCAAAAACUCAAACACAAACUCCCUUCUUUUGCUUACGGGGGUGUGAGCCAUUGCUUUGCCCUUCACUGCUGGCGGGAUCGGCCCACCAUUGUUUUCUAUUGGGCCCUGUGUCGCGGAAUAUCCCAUGUCAGUGUUGCGAUAAACAGGGCCCAAUAACACUAUCGCGUUCCACUCCUAAAGGCAAAGCUUAAGCGUCCUCCCAAGUUAUUUGGGCUUGCAUUGCCUUCAGUCACUUCAUCAGUCUUCACCCUAGUGAUUCAUGAAAAUACACCUUUGGUUCACGCCUUCUACACUAACUUUUUUGUGAAUUUAUGAUCAUUGAACGCAGUAAGAAAAAUUGCAAAGCAUAUGUGUAUUUUACUGUGAAAGUUUAAUUUUGACAUUGCUAAUUGUUUAGCCAUUCAUAUUGCUGGAGGGAUUAAAUGAAAUGCAUUGCAGUCCACUUAUAAAGAUAGCACUUAUAAUAACAGGUUGUAGCAGUGGGCUUUGUCUGCAAUUAAUUGUAUAGUGAAGCUCUGUAAAAUUAGUCUGUGUACAUACUUCAAUGAUUGAAUUGUCUGAUACCCUCCAUGCCUUUAUAAGUAGACUGCUAUGUGAAUGUUGUUCAUAUGUACUUUGGCAAGUCUGUAACAUGCUUUAUUUAAUAUGCUUGCUUCUACGUCUGACUUGGAACCAAGCACUGUAAUAUGUGAAAUGGCAUGAAGUGUAAUGCACAGGCUUUCCAAAAAACCUGAAGUCGCAAGCUAGCAUUUGCUAUGAACAUUUUUGUAAAAAUCAUCAGUUCAAUACUCACAGUAACAACGCACGAGCAGUGAACAUAGUGGGCUGUUAAAGGCAGGCUGGACUUUGGAUCACAGUAGGAUUGCAUUACAGCUCAAGUGUUGUGCUAAGCAUAAUUAUGUAUGACUGUGCUUUUUACAGUUCAGCAUGCUUGUUACUUAUUGCAUUAGUCCUUUACCUCAAAAGGAAGUGUCCAUUUUUGUGGCCAUGUACGACUGUUUUAAGUUAUUCUUUGUGUUUAUGUGUCGCUGUGUCCUCAUUUUCUUGGUUUCAUGUGCUUACUGCCCUAAAUAUCACUAUGGAAAUAAGCACUGCAAGCAGGGAGGUCAGUGUAAAUGUUUCCUGAAUGCAUUGCUUUGCUGCAAAUGAACCAGUUUUAUCACUUUUGUCCUGAGGUGUUCAAGCAAAUUGUAUGAAAUAUACACUUCAUUGCGAGACAUAUUUCCCUUGAAAUGAAAGCCUAAAUUUGUGA